AUGUCUGUCAUUCUUUGCACAGCGGGCUACGAUCACACGAUCAGGUUCUGGGAGGCGCUCUCCGGAAUAUGCUCGCGCACGAUCCAGCACCCGGACUCGCAGGUCAACCGCCUCUGCAUCUCGCCAGACAAGCGCUUCCUCGCCGCGGCGGGCCACCACACGGUCAAGCUCUACGACAUCAAGUCGACGAACCCGAACCCGCUCCUGACGUUCGAGGGCCACACGGGCAACAUCACGGGCGUCGCGUUCCACUGCGAGGGCAAGUGGAUGGUGACGAGCUCCGAGGACGGCACCGUCAAGAUUUGGGAGACGCGCACAGGCUCCAUUCAGCGCAGCUACAACCACGGCCAUCCUGUCAACGAUGUCGUGAUCCAUCCGAACCAGGGCGAGAUCAUCAGCUGCGACCGGUCCGGCAGCGUGAGGAUCUGGGACUUGGCGGAGAACCAGUGCGCACACGACCUGAUGCCCGAGGAGGACGUUCCCGUGUCGAGCGUGACGGUGGCGAGCGACGGCACGCUCCUCUGCGCCGCAACCACCACUGGAAAUGUGUUUGUGUGGACGCUGCUGCAGGUGUUCAAUGGCACCAAGAUCCUACCAGUGACGCACUUUAGCGCGCACAAGGAGUACAUUACGAGAAUCCUCCUGUCGCCCGACGUGAAGAAGCUGGCGACGUGCAGCGCGGACCACACGGCCAAGAUCUGGGAGGUCAAGGACGCGAAGCCGCGGCCCGAGUCAGAGGCCGAGCCGAAGCCGUUCCCGCUCGAGGCGACGUUGACAGGCCACCAGCGAUGGGUCUGGGACUGCGCCUUCAGCGCUGACUCUGCGUACCUGGUGACGGCCUGCUCGGACCACUACGCCCGGCUGUGGGAGGUGCACAGCCAGCAGAUCAUCCGCCAGUACAACGGCCACCACCGCGGGGCGGUUUGCGUGGCGCUGAACGACUACUCGGAGACGCGGUAA